UACACGCAAGUACAACAUAUGCAAGCAUCAGUUCUGCGUCCACAUCCAAAGCUUCAUCAACAACCAUGCGAACUCCUACCAAUAUCGCCACCGCCCUGGCCUGUCUGUUGGGACUUGCUGCAGCGCAAAACCCGUGCAUCACGACCUGUACCGACUUACCUGACGGCGACUACCAGUCGUGCAACGGCUGCAAGGUGUACGCCACUUGCUGGCAUGGGCAAAUCUUCGACGACAGGCCGUGUGUCGGGGACACCCUCUGGGACGACUCCUUCAAGCACUGCGAGUUGAGCUCCGCUACAUGCACGCCUACAACCUGCGUGAGCAACUGUAACGGUAUGGCCGACGGCAACUAUGAAUCCUGCAAUGGCUGCAACGUGUACGUAACCUGUCAUGCUGGCAACAUCAUCGAUAACAGACCCUGUCCUGCUGGACUCGUGUUCAACAGCAACACGAAAGGAUGUGAUCACAAAUCCCCCUCAUGUCCAUAGCCACGUGCCUCAUUGAAAUGGCCCCCCGAGGCCUGGGGAUACGGGAUCCUAAUGUCUGAAUGUACACAGUGCAUUUCUGUUUGAUAUGCCGUGAAUAAAACAUUUUUUCUGUUUGAUCAAUGUGCAUUUUGUU